CAACGUCACUGGGUUCCCCCCUCGUCGGGCUCGCCUCUGUUUGUUGCCUGCGCAGUCGUGCACGAGCAAAGCAGCAGCUGCGACGCACUAACAUCGAGGAAGAGGAGGAAGAAGAGGAAGAGGAAGAGGAGGAGGCUCGGAUGCACUGGCUCUGCGAGUUGACUUGAUGACAGCGCCCUCAGGAGGUGGGAUGAGCGACUGCAGAAGCUCCAGUCUGUGACCAGUAGCUCUGUUAGAAUAGCACCACUGUAGAGCUCGGAGCAGGGACUGGUUUCCAGUAUGGAGGGCGUAGCCGUGCAGAACCUGAUAGACUUCGAGCUUCCCUCCGAGGCCUCGGCUCUGAGCGGAGACGGAGGCCGACACGAAGGCCUCACAGACAUUUUCUCCCCAGAGCCGGUGUCUUCCACCGGAUUCCAUCAGGAGCCGUUACUGCCAGAGCCCAUGGCACCGACCCAGUCUCUCCACCACCACCACCACCGGCACCACCACCCAGAGGAAGGAGACAGCGACGCGACGGAGUCGGCAGACAGCGAGAACGACAUGGACCCGCCCUCCCUGCUGAGGAGGUCGUCCUCGUCUUCUGCCCACAGUCGGGAGGACGCCGACCCCGAGACGCUGGAGGGGAGGCAGUUCAUGAAGGCCUACGUGGAGAAGGUGUUUCACGGAAAGGACGACUUUGACCAGGAGGACAAGGCUCGUUUCGGGGAACUGUGCAGCGGAGAGACGAGCAAAGGCCGAGAGUGGUUCGCCAAAUACGUCAGCGCCCAGCGCUGCCAUUCCAAGUGUGUGAGUGAGGCCACCUUCUACAGGCUGGUGCAGUCGUUUGCAGUGGUUCUGUUUGAAUGUUUCCAGAUGGACGACUACAGUCCAGCUAAGAACCUCAUGACCAUGUGCUUCACGUACUACUACAUAGGGAAGUCUCAGCCGUCCCCCUCGGAGCUGCUGGAUCGCGGCGCUCCUCCAGCUCCUAUGGACUUGUACCUCAACAAGGCCAACUCGUGGCUGACGGGGAAAAAGGACGCCGCCGAGCGCCUCCUGAAAAACACGUCUAAGACUGAUGUCAAAGGUUUCUUCGGAGGCCUGGAGAGCAAACUCAGGAGCUCGAUGGCUCCGAAGACUGAAGACGAGGAAAACCCUGUGGAGAUGAAGCCCAGAUCACCAGUGUAUGAAGGUCCAGAGGAGAAGAGAGGGGAGAAGGUUUAUCUGUACGGUCACCUGAAGCAGCAGCCCAUCUGGCACACGCUGAGAUUCUGGAACGCUGCUUUCUUCGAUGCGGUUCAUUGUGAGAGGAAGAAGAGAUCACCGACCACCAGAGAGAAGUGGUGUCACAUGACCCAGGAGGAGCGAGAGGACAGCUCCAAGAUGGACGAGAACAUCGCCUUCGGUCAGCUGGGGACCUUCACUCACAACAUGCUGGCGUUCGGCCUCAGUAAGAAGCUGUGUAACGACUUCCUGAAGAAACAGGCGAUCAUUGGAAACCUGAACGAAGAACAGAACAAGCUGCUGAGCGACCACAUAGAGAAAAUGGCGGCAGAGUGAGGACGACGGGUUCUGACACACGUAGAAAACACCGAGAACAUUUCCUCUCGACUAAACAUCGUGACAUGUGCUGCGUUUGACUGUUGUUGCAUUUUGUGUGGUUUCCUGCCGAGAUGCAGAGUGUGUACUGAGCUGUGUUGUCGUCGUAGCAGCGUUGUGCGUCCAGCUCCUGCAGAAACACCUCCUCUUCAUCAUCAGCUGCUGCAUGAUUGCAUCGGUAAAACGCCGCCAUGUGUGACCCUCUGUUAACAAGUGAAGUGACCCCAGUGAAUCUAGAAGCUCAACAGUGUUAGGUUACACAUCCAUGUGCUGUUCGAUCGUGUGUGUGUGUGUGUCCAUGGUAAAUAUAUUUAUUACAUGUUAAGAGAAAUACUGUGUUACCUAUAAAACAUUCUUCUGCCUUUGUUCAUCUACACACAGUUCCAACCUGACACCUGAUUUAAUCAUAUAAUCAUCUGCAGUGAAAUAUGAUUCUAUUUACAAACACACUGACCAAACAGCUCUGACAACAAUGCUGUAAUAUUCAUAAUAUCCCUUCAUGCCUUCUCUCGGAUUAAUAGAACAUGUUUAUUUGUUUCCUUGCUCCGGGUAAAACACGUAGCACGUAGGCUAAAUACGAAGCUACAGCCAGCGGAGGGGUUAGCUUAGCUUAGCAUAAAGGCUGGAAACCCCAACCAAAGAGACAUCACGUGCUUCCCAGUGAGCGAGUGAGCGAGUGGACGAGGUUUCUAACACGUGAACACAAACAUCUCAGGAUGAAGAAGAGGAGUUCGUACACGUAGAAGACGAAGACGUCCCCUUGGACAAGUGAUGCUAAGCUAAAGCUAACUUCCUGUUGGUCGUAGCUUCGUAUUAGACAUUAGUGUUCGUAGUCCGGAGGUUGUGAUUUAACGGUAACUUUACAUCAGGAAACAUCUUCCGUCCAAAGUGCCUUCCAGGAAACGUAAUGUCCUCGGUCUAACUUCUUUGAUGCUUCCUUUGAUCUCACAACUAAACACUGAGGCCGAUACUUUCACCGCUUCCACCACCGCUGCAUGAAACACAUUCACUGUAGUGUUGUGUACUUUGUCGUCAUGUAGUGGACUUGUGUCGCCAACAGCAGAGCAUGUUCCCUGGAUGAACCUCCAGCCCUCCGCACACGCGUGUUUCUAAAUACUCUGCAUGUGCAUCUAUAUGUGAAUCUGUGGAAACGUGUGUGAGACUGACUGAAGCUGUGAGUGGUUGUGUUACAUCACCCGACCACUGGAGGGCAGCACACCACUUCUUCUCGGGGAGAGAUUCCUGAAAGGAGAAUGUUUGAUCGAGGCUCCACCGGUCGGGUUCACUCGCGUUUCAGAAACUUGGAAAUCCAUUUAGUAAAUACUGUAUAUAUAUUUCUGUGUGUUGUACAAACGAAUCACGUGCUGCUGUUUGUGAAAAGUGGUUAAUCGUUAAUUGCAGAUGUUAUAGAUGUAAUUGUGUUUUAAUUGUGUCCACGACGAAUAUCUAAGUGUAGUAACGACUGAAGGUCACAAACAAACACACACACACACACACACACACACACACACACUUAUUAUUUGAUUCUCUGGAGUGAUUGUGUAUUCAGCGUUUGACUGUUUGUUGAAUUUUCCCUUUGCAUCUCUAAGCUGAAGUAUUGAUCUUUGUAUUGUACUUAUUAGCUCAGCAUGAGCUGUUUGCACUACCCCCCCCCCCACACACACACACAAACACACACAAACCUGGUCCUUGUUAAAAUCUUCAUGGAAGUUUGUCUCGCUGCCUGAAGGAAAAUGCUUCUUCUUUUCUGCCAUAUUGCUUUUGUGUAAAGUAUCAACCAAGUGAAUCAUUAAAGGAGUUUGUUGUGUUGAUGAA